AUGGAGAAUUUUGAAUUCGUCUUUUUGUUAUUCUUAUUGAAAAGAGUAUUGGGAAUCACAAAUGAAUUGCCGCAAGCAUUGCAAAGAAAAGAUGAGGAUCUUUUUAAUGCCAUAAAAUUUGUACAAAUUUCAAAGCGUCGAUUGCAUAAAAUGAGAAAUGAAGACACUUGCUUCGACAUAUUGUUAAAAGAAACUUCUGAUCUGUGCAAAGAUAAUGACAUGCCAAUCUUGGAGAAUAUGGAAGAUAACUUUGGAAGGACGAAAUGGGGUAUUGCACCAAUUACGAAUAAACAUCAUUUUAAGGUGGAAUUGAUGUAUAUAGUUUUGGAUAACAUUCAAGAAGAACUCAAUAAUCGUUUUGAUGAAGUAAAUAUGAGGUUGCUUCAAUGUAUGGCAUCUCUUGAUCCAAUUUUAUCCUGGCGAUUUCCUCAACAUGAUAUUUUGUUGCUCGAUGAUCAACUUGAAAACUAUUAUAAGGAUGCUAGCACUAUUGCCAAUUUCGCUCAUGUCAAAGGGAUUGCCGACCUUGCUAAAAAAAUGGUUGAGUUUAAGAAGGAUGUUGCUUACAACAAAGUUUUCUUGCUUACUAAAUUAGCAUUAGUUUUGUCUCUGGCUACUGCAACAGUAGUUGAAAGGGUGUUCUCUUCAAUGAAUCUUGUGAAGAAUAGUUUGCGUAAUCGAAUGGGAGAGGAGUGGAUGAACAAUUGCUUGGUGGUUUACAUUGAAAAAGAAGUUUUGCUACAAUUGAAAAUGAAGAUAUCAUUGAAAACUUUUAGAAUAUAUCGAAGCAGAAUAUCAUGUUAA